UUUCUUCAGUACACCACAACCAGCCGCAGCUAACGGGCAGAAACAAGAAGAAGCUGCACGACGAGCGGCAGCAACACAUCGCUGCACUUCUUCUUCACCUUGUGUUUGUGCUGGUUUUUUUUCUUUCUGGAGGUGACAUCGACGGAGCCCGACGUCUACGCUUGUUGUGAGAUUUGUUUUUAAUCACAUUUAACCGGGGCGCAUGGAGUCGGCGUUGAAAAGGUCGGUGAGGUGUUUCGCGGACGAGAGAUCAUCCAGCUAACGUUAGCUAGCCGCGGCCAGUCACGGAUUGAACGGUGUGUGUGUGUGUGGACUUCGGGAGUGGAAGCUCGGAGGUGCUGCCCACUCUACCAACGACGGAGACGCGGACGGUCAUUGUUUAGUAACAUAAACAAUGGGGCUCAUUUUCGCCAAACUGUGGAGCUUCUUCUGUAACCAAGAGCACAAGGUGAUCAUUGUUGGACUUGAUAAUGCAGGGAAAACCACAAUCCUCUACCAGUUUCUAAUGAAUGAGGUGGUCCACACGUCACCCACCAUUGGCAGCAAUGUAGAAGAAAUAGUGGUGAAGAACACCCACUUUCUGAUGUGGGACAUCGGAGGGCAGGAGUCCCUCAGGUCCUCCUGGAACACCUAUUACUCCAACACAGAGUUCAUCAUUCUGGUGGUGGACAGCACCGACAGAGAGCGGCUCGUCGUCUCUAAAGAGGAGCUCUACAGGAUGCUGGCUCAUGAGGACCUGCGGAAAGCAGCUGUGUUGAUAUUCGCCAAUAAGCAGGAUAUGAAGGACUGUAUGUCUGCAGCCGAGAUCUCCAAAUACCUCACCCUGAGCUCCAUCAAAGACCACCCCUGGCACAUCCAGUCCUGCUGUGCACUUACAGGAGAGGGUUUGUGCCAAGGCCUGGAGUGGAUGACCUCGAGGGCCGGACUCAGAUAGCCCCUCCCUCAGCCGUGAACGGCCUGACUACCUGCACCACCCACCGGGUGGCACUAAAGCAUCUCCUUUACAGGUUCAUGUUCUUUUUUUAUUUUUUUAAUGAUGAAUUUAAAUGGACUUGGACCCCUGCAGACAACACAGGAAGGGGGCUCAUUGUUCCUGUGGUGCUGCGAUUUCCUCUCCAGAACGAGUGAACUGACCUGGUUGUGGAGUGAGAAGUUGUUUUUAAAGUAAAGGAGGAGGAUACAUGUCCAAGUGGACACCACUUAUUUACACUAUGUACAUAUCAUGUUACACCAUAUCAUAUCACGAGAUUGCCAUAAACACCAUGUUGGUGCCCAGCUUUGAGAAGUACUGUGCAGCUCUAAUACCAUUGUUGUUUCUCUGUAAAUGUGUGUUCAGGUACAAACCCACAGGGCAAAGGGAUUACAAGCAGUAUUGUCAAAGCAGUUUGCGGGGAAAGGUAGCACUACAUAGUGUUUUUUUUUUUUUGUUAUAUAAACAAAGUUCUCAUGUUUGUUUUGGUUUGGUUUUUUUGGUAGCGCAGCCAUCGAUUUCUGUUACACAUGAUCUCAGUUUCAUAAGCUACAUUGUUGUUCUCACAUUUGAAGGGUUUCACAAAUGAACCUUGAGCCUGGACCAGUGUGUAAUCGAGCCAAGCGGUGCAGAAUGCAAGUGUUGGCAUGGUAACCGACUAAACUCAAGACAAACCCACUGGAGCCCUAAGCGGACCUGCAUUCAUACAUUUGAUUUACCGUAAAAUCGGGAAUAUAAGUCGCUCGAUAUAUAAGACUCAGUCUGAUUUUAGAGGGAGAAAAAUUGUCUAAACUUUCUUCCUGCGUGAUGAAGUCUGUUUCUUUGCAGCUCUGAAGCUCUUGAAAUCAGUCAGGUUUUCCCUCUGUAGCGUCUCCACUCCUACUAGAUACAGUACGGUAGUUGAGCUCUCAGCUCCCGGUGAAAGUUACAGACCCACAGCCCCGCGAGUCGUACUGCUCACGUCCGCUGGUCACUCGUUAACUUUCAUGAAGGACUCUCUCAGUUUUAUUUAAAAAUCAAUAUACCACCAAAAGUGCGUCUUCAACCAGAUUUUACGAUACUCUGAUUCCCCGGUUGUUUCCUUGAGAUCUCAGCUCAUAACAUUCCGUCAGAGUUGUAGAGGCAAAAAAAUCAAACGUAUAAAAUAAGGUUAACUUACCUCGUUGGUGUGGGCAGUGACAGCGUGGCAUGCUGUAGUCUCGCCUUUCACAGAGACCGUCUUACUCUUAUUGUUUAUAGCAAGAAAAGAAGAUUUGUUAUCCCAACAAAAUGACAAUGAAUCGGUUUUUAAGCAAAACUAAGAUUUUUACCCCGAGAUAACGCAAAUAAUUCCAGAUCUCAGCGGAACGAAGUGAAAACUUACAUAUGACGGGAACAUUAAUGUAUACAUGCAUGUCUGCUUCGGGCUUCCAUACAUCCAGCUCUUCUCUAAUUCAAAGUAUUAAACAGCUGAAAACAAUUUCUGAUACAGGUAUAAUGCUCAGUUUUAAUAACAGUAUUUUAAAUUAAAACACUGCUUUUAUUUAGUUUUAUUGGCUUUUAUGUAAAGCAGGGAUCAUGGCGAGUUAGCAUCUGGAUCGAUUUUUGUAUUCACGAUGAUCAUUGAUUCUCUCUGUGUGUGUGUGAGAGAGAGAGAGCUCAUGUUUGGUGAAUUCUUUUGUCCUGGACCAUUUUACAAAAGGGAUCUGAACAGGUGCCACACGUGUACAGGAAGGUGUGACUUGACGACCAUCAGAACUCGAUUUUUCCGUAGCAUUAAGAUGAUCUGAACAUUUCCGCCAUCCCGCAGCUCGAAUACUUGACCCUCCUCCGCCUUAUUACCCGUGCUGUCCCGAGUGUCUGGACGAUGGCGUUGACAGUGUGCCCCUUGUUUUGACCCGCUAUAAGAAUCCCUUGUUAACAGAUCUAUGCACGUGUCACUUUGAAACCAUGUUUACCAUUUUCAAGCUCGAAUCAGUGGCCAAAAAAAAAAAAA